AUGCGCCAAGAUGGCAGAGAUUACAGCGAGUUGGCAGUGUACGCUGAGUCAAAGCUGAGUAACAUACUGUUUACUUUUGAAUUGACUCGACGUCUCAAUAAGCACAAUGUGCUGGGCGUGACUUCGGUGGCUUGCCACCCCGGCAUUACGUCCACGAAUCUGCUAGCCCCUGAUGUAUCGGCCGGAGUACUUCCCAUCUUGUACGCUGCCACCGAACCCGAUGUUGAGAGUAAUGACUACGACAGCCCUGAUUCAAUUGUGCGUCAAAGAUGUCUAACAGCGACACGACAAAUUCUUAUAGUUAUGGACAUGACAGGUCACCACCUCAGUGGAGCUGAUGCGUCAUUAGAGUAUGAUAACGACCUGCUUCUGAUGGACCACAGUGACAAGGUGGUUUCGGACCCUUGA